UGUGUGUGUGUGCGGGAAGACUUGUGGCGGAGUGUGCGCGAUGCUGCUGCCAUCUAUAUUGUCAAUGUUGUCGGGCAGCAGCAGGAGCACCAGCAGCAGCGUAAUGGAGCCGUGAGCAUUCUCGUGAAUCGUACGCAAUUGCAUCACUGUGCUGUGCCGUGCGAUCUCCCCGUUGUAUACAAUGAGAUUUAACGCCGCCUGCGGCCCCCACAACCAACGACACGUGCAUUCUGAAGAAAAACUACUUUCCAGAUAAUAAAUAUAUGGAUAACUAUGUAGGUGCACAUAACACACCUGCAUGUGCCACGUAGCUUAUUCGGUAUAGUAGAAUGGCACAACGAGGCAAAAGACAUAGGAACGACAAUGAUCUGGCGUCUUGUCCUGGCGCCAUUAAGAGGCGCAAGUGUAGGUCGGGUCCAGCUGUUGCUGGUUCAUCGGCAUUGGCAGCUACCAUGGGGCCCUCCGAGGAAGAAGAAACGAUGGCAUCGUCCAGUCAAGGGGGGACAUCCUGGACCGCCCGAACUGUCAACGAUAUCAAGAUUCCUAGCAUAUACAAUCGGUCAUCCGCAGAAGCACCAGCGGAAUUAUUUCGAAAAGAUCUGAUCAGCGCGAUGAAAUUGCCUGACAGCGAACCGUUGAGUCCAAACGAAUAUUUUAUUAUAACCGAUCAAUGGAAACAGGAAUGGGAAAGAGGUGUUCAAGUACCCGUUAAUCCAGAUUCUCUUCCCGAACCGAUGGUUAAUGAAACACAGACGGUUCCUCUAAAGAUACAAACUGAAUUCAAAUUGCCUAAAAAGUUUAUAAGAAUAUCUCGCGAUGAUUAUUUUAACGCGGAAGAUCAUCAUUUAAGUACUACACCAGCAAGAGCGGAGAAAGCUUGUGCUUAUGAUCUUGACGAUAACGACAUUGCCUGGUUAGAAAUAUUCAACGGCGAACGAGCAAAGGCUGGACUAGCAUUGGUUACGGAAUCGCAGUUAGAACAAGUGAUUGAAGAGUUGGAAGUGCGAUGUUGGGAAAAGAUACAAACAAUCGUGAAGAAUGAAGAGGGACUCGGAAUUGAGUAUGAUGAGAAUGUCAUCUGUGAUGUAUGCAGAUCACCGGAUUCUGAGGAAGGUAACGAGAUGGUCUUUUGCGAUUGCUGCAACAUUUGCGUACAUCAAGCUUGUUACGGCAUUACUUCGAUACCCGAAGGCUCUUGGUUAUGUAGAACUUGUUCAUUAAGUCAAAGACCAGACUGUGUAUUAUGUCCUAAUAAGGGUGGUGCAAUGAAGUGUACACGAAGCGGACAAAAGUGGGCUCAUGUAUCGUGUGCACUUUGGAUUCCCGAAGUUAGCAUUGGUUGUGUUGAGAGAAUGGAACCAAUUACAAAAAUAUCUAGUAUUCCGCAAAGCCGAUGGGCUCUUAUAUGCGUUUUAUGCCGUGAACGUGUGGGUGCGUGCAUUCAGUGCAGUAUAAAAACAUGCAAAACAGCGUAUCACGUUACGUGUGCAUUUAAACAUGGGCUAGAGAUGAAAGCAAUUAUCGAAGACGAAAUGGCGGAUGAUGGUGUAAAAUUAAGGUCGUAUUGUCAAAAACACAGUAAAAAAGCAAAAGACAAAGUCGGUGUUGGCAGUAGUGGUGGAAGUAGCGGUGGCGGAAAGGGAGGGUCGGAUUCUGAGGAUGGUGAAUCCAGAAGACGUAAACGAAAAGACAUGACAUCAGAGGAGAAAAAUCAAGCACGCGCAGCUAAAUUGCAGGAAAUCGAAGCGGAAUUCGACAGACAUGUUAGUUUAAAAGACAUCCACUCGCAUCAAUUUGAUAUAGACAAUGACGGCAUUACGUAUAUUUAUAACUAUUGGAAAUUGAAGAGAAGAGCCGGCCACAAUAAACCGCUGUUAGCACCUCGUUGUGGUGAGUUGUUGAGCGCGGGUGCGCGAGUGCAAGGGCAGGCGGCGGAAUCGCAGAAGUUGAGGAAUUUUGUUCAACUGCGUCAGGAUCUCGAGCGUGUAAGAAAUCUCUGCUACAUGGUUUGCCGACGCGAGAAACUCAGUCGUACUUAUCUGAAAAUGCGCGAGCAGACCUUUCACAAGCAGUCAACGCUACUGUCUGGACCGUCGCUAUCGCCGUCAGUGGUUAACGCCAUUAUUGAAGCCAAUCACGGGCCAUCGAUAUACGAUCGAGUUUACUCUCAUUCUCAUGCCAAGGAUCACACGCAUGAUUUUGAAACGAUACUUGCUCGAAUCGCGGGCAUCGAAUUGCCCGUUCCUACAUCAAGCGAUGAGAAAAAGGUGCAGCCGGACUUUAAUGGUGCGUCUAAUAAGAAACUUUACUUCAACGGCUCUGUCACACAGAAGAGCCUGGUUAUAGACGUUAGUGAAUUGUCGUCUAUGAGUGGCACUGAGACAGAUACGACAAAGCCAGUGAACAAGACGAACAAGACGACGACUACUAGCAAGUCCGCGAAUAAAUCUAAAACCUUGAAACUUGAGAGUGAAUCGAGUACAGAAGACGAAGAAAACACGACAUCAAAAAGAAAGACCCCCACUAGGCGGAAAACGAAAAAGGUCAGUAUGUCAGACAGAUCGCGAGACAAAUUGCGUAACAGCAGCGAGAGCGAUAAGACGGAUACUGUUAACAGCAAAUCACGCGUUUUACAACACAUGGAGUUCGGUAGUUCAGGUAGCGAAAGUGACGAAUUGUUGCCAUUGAGUACCAAUACUAGCUCUCGUCUCGGACCAUCCGUAGCUGCAUCCACAAUCUAUUCAGACACAGAGUCAGAUUCACAGGAGCACCAGACUCACUCUUCUGUACUUAUUACAAAAGCCGCAGUGAAAGAAUUUUCAGAAUCGAAAAACACUCACAAGAACUUUGCGUCUAAGGACGCUGCGAGACAGGAUUAUCAGGACGAACCCACGAAAAAUAAAGAGACAUCAAAAAGUAUUAAGAAAAAAGACUACAUACCAUCCGCUUUGAUAGUUCCGCAGCGACAAGCGGCGAAGAAAGCAUCCGAGAUUAUGCAGCGAACGCAGAAUAAGAAAGAAAACAUCACAAAAGAUAGCGAGACUGUGGAUUUCGUGAAGUCACCCAGUGAGUCUCUAAAACCGACCAAGGAGAAACCAUCUGGCAAGAAACAACGUGAUAAUAAAGUAGCAAAAGACUCGAAAAAUAACGACGUUUAUGAUUUCGAUAAAGAGUUUGGCGACGGUACGGAGAUCCUUGCUUACGUGCCGCAACGACAGGCCGCAAAGAAAGCUGCAGAGCACAUUAAGAGCGGCAUGGGCACGAAAGCCGCUCCAACAGAUGUGGAAACAACAGACAUGAAACCAAAGAAGGAAUUACCGGAUGGUAACAAAAAGAAGGAGACCAAGAAAGAGGAAUCGCCUAAGAAAGAAGAGCUGUUGGAGAAGAAGGAAGAUUCACCGUUGAAGGACAGACGAGGGAAGAAACAGGCGUCCGAGCGUAGCAAGAGCGCGUCAUCUCCUCCGAGCAGCAAUAGUGAGAGCAGCAGCAGCAGCAGCAGUUGCAGCAGCUCUUCGGAGAGUAGUAGUGAUUCCGACGUGGCCAAAAGUCCAACGCAAAAAGUAUCGAGCACCGCCAAGGAACAGACUUCUUCCUCGACCACCAAUUCCAGUACCACUACUACCAACACGUCUUCUGAGAGCGACACCGGUAAUCACGGAAGAAAUAAAGCUGCGAACAGACGGCAGAUAAUUAACAGAAUUACAAACGAGACAGUCGAGUCUGAAAAGAAGACUCUUGCGGGGCGGAAACUCAAGAGGCUGCCCGAUAAGAAGCUUAAAACUUCCGACGGGCGGCAUGGACCAGAGUUUCAGCCGCCGCCUACUGAGAGAGAAGAAUCAAGUAGAACCUCAGCAAUUAAAGAGUCACAACAACAAGCUCAACAACAACAACAACAACAACAACAACAACAACAACAGCAUUCACCUAGUAAGAAGACCGAUCAGAGAGACACAUCUAAAAGAUCGACAUCUUUACAAUCACAACAAUCAACCGAUCAAAGUGUGUUCAGUGGGUCUCGAGAUAAUGAUGGGAUACGAGGUGUCUUUGGGGCCAAAUCUACUAAAAAAUCCGGUCAAUCCGUUAAGCAAACACAACAACAGCAGUCUGCUCUCAGAGGCAAAGAAGACGGCGGCGGAGCAACAUCCAGAACGAAGUCGGAGACUCGUAAACGAAAAUCGAGUGAUACUAAAGACGAAAAAGGUAACAAGGAAACUCUACCGCCCAAGAAAAUGGAAAAGAAAUUGACAGAGAAGGCGAGUAAGGAAACCGAAAAGGACAACAAGCAUGAUAUUAUCAGCAAUAAAACUGUUUCGGAAUCCUUGAAAACAACUGAAAAUACUUCCAAAUCGGACGAUAAGAGAAUUAAGAAAACGAGCAGUAAGAAUGCAAUUAAUACACUGGAGGAGGAAAUGAAGCAACGACGAGCAGAACGAGAUAGUGCAAAGAAAUCGUCAAGAGGGCUAGAUAAGCUUCUCGAGAAACGUGAGCAUCUUGACAAAUUAUCGAGAAACAAGACCGCCGCUCAAGAGGUCAAUGCAGAGAGAUCUUGCAACGAGGAAAACAAAGAUAUGAUCUUGACGACAGAGAAAUCUAUUGCAAAAGAGACUGUUAGGACUGAGAACGUUAAAAAUCAUAUGACCGAAGAAGUCGCAGUGUUAGACACUACAAAAUUGGAGAAAGAAGACAUAAAGAAAGAUGUUGGAAUCGUAAUGGAAAAAGUGACAGACAGAAAGAAAAAACUCGAGAGCGAGACACUGGCUGCGGUGGAAACAAUUGCGACUAAGGAAACUGUUGGCAAACAGUCUAGUGAUAAUGUCUGCUCGAAGUCGAUGUCUGAUAAAGUCGCGAGCGCACUGGUUGAAACUGAGACGGAGUGCCCGUAUAAAAGAAGGAAAUCCGUUAACCGGUGUUCCAUUUUCUCGCCACAGCACGGUAGUAAAGAUCCCAGUGUGUCAGAACUGUUUGAUUUCGAUCAUGACAUAUUGACUGAUGAUAUGGUUAACGAUGAUGGCUUUAGCAUACCUCGCGACGAAGAACGCGGCGCUGCGCCGCUAACAUUUUCCUUCAACAACGAGCUCUGGUUUAAAGAGGACUCGAAAGAGGACAGCGCGCGCGAGACAAUGAAUUUGGUUGAGAAACUGCGUAUGGAACUAUCGAAGAAGUCGAUUUCUAGUCAAUAUGAUUUGGAGUCUGUUCCGGUAGAAGAGGAAUCUCUUAAGAAAGAGGAACAAUCUCUUCAUCCAGUUGAAAAACCGACAGAACUGCAGCAGCAACAGCAGCAACCGUUGCUUACGGAGAAAGUAAAUGUCUUGGAACAACAGCCAGUAGAACAAUCGCAAAAGCAACAACCGCCCGUACAGUCAGUUGAGAUGAAAAGUAAUAAUAAUUCGGAGCCCGUGCAAGUAUCCGAAGAUCUCACGUGCAAACCUCAUACGAUGGAAGAUAAGAGGAAACCUUGCUACACGAGUAAUAGCAAUAGUGAACAGCAACAUUAUAUGUAUGGGAACGAGGAGCGCGAGACAACGAAGGUAACAGUUGUGGAACGCGCGAAACUUGAUCGGGCAGAAGCGGAUGAGAGAUGGGUGCCACCGAGCAUAGAAAAUUUCAAUCCAAGCGAUGUACAACAUCUGAACACACUAAUCGAUAACCAAAAUCAUCGUUAUGCCGCUGCCGCCGCAGGUGCGCAUCAGUUUCCAAAUGAUAUCAGCGCUGUGAUGCCAGAUGCUGUGCCGAAUCCCGAUGCAGCUUUGGUCGCUCAUCUGCAACUCAACAUGAACAUGCAGGAACAGUAUCUACAGCAGCUGCAACAGCAGACGCAUUCGGCGAUGGAACGUUUGCAGCAUCUGGAAACUCAACAUGUCAAACAACAUGCGCAACCGAGUGUGCAGUCGCUCGCGAUGAUGGAUCAGCAAGUAGCGGCUGCAGCGGCCAACGCCGGAAUACCAGCGCAGGUCGUCGAUGAGAUUACACCUAUAGAAAUGGUUAACCGCCAUCUAAUCGGUUUGCCAAACUCGGAGGAUGACCAGAAUAGUGUAUUGGAUAAAGAAGACGUGUCGUCGGAUAUCAGACAAGAUUACACGCAGAGCGGUUCUCCUUAUAGCGAGCUCAACGGACGUCCGGACACGCGAUGGGCAGAUAGCCACUUGUUACCCUCGCGUAGAUCUACUUCUUCAUCCAUUACGUCUGCGUCGUCUGCAGAGGAACAUGCGGCUAUUCCGCCCUAUAAGAACGUACCUCCAACGGCAUACCCGCCGUGCACUAUAGAUGCGUCUUAUCAUCAAUAUUCGGAAACCAGUUCUUAUGGUAGUGGUGCGGUAUCGUUGUUCCCACCACAAUCGUGCCCCGCACCAUUACCUUAUCCAGCACCGUUCCCCGCAAACUUUGGUGCUGCUUUUCCGCCGCAGUCGUUAUUGCCGCAUGUGCCGAAACCGCUGGAAGAAUCACUGAAUAUGCAGGCGUCAUCUUGCACGGCCGCUUUUACUUCGUCGUCGCACAAUAUGGCGCUCACCGCAGCUAUGGUGUCACCAACAAAAGUGACCACGCCGCCACCGCCUCCGUCGAUAUCUCAACAGCAACAACAACCACAACCGUCGCCGCCACCACCUCCACCCCCGCCGCCGCCACCUCUGCCUCCGCCACCGCCGCCGCCACCGCCGCCGUCGCAACAGCAGCAGCAGCAGCAGCAGCAGGAGCAACAGCAACAGCAAUCAUCACAACCCUCAUCCACAGAAGCGCCACCAUCUUCCGGACAUACACCAUCUUUGUUGCAACAACAGAGUAAUAUGUCUACAGUGUCACCGUCCUUCCUGAACGCUAUCGCGUCAGAAACGCCGGUCAGUAGUGAAACUGUUGUGGAAAAUAUUCCGGAUUUACUCGGUACAGAUAGUAAAAGUGCGCCGUCCGGUAAAAAAUCACCGUCAAAACCGACGAGAACGUCCGCCCGGGUGACUUCGUUGCAAGGCAAGUCACCUGGAAAGUCGCCACGUCAAGAAACCACCAAAACCGCUCCGAGCACUCGCGGUCGCAGUAGAAACGCUAAGGGAUCUCAGCAUUCGUGUUACCGAAGUCGCGGUCGCGGUCGCGGUCGUGGACGUGGUCGUAGCGUGCAGAACGCGUCGCUCACACUGGUAGCGAUGUCAAAUGUACUUCACAACGACGAUUCGAUUCAGAACAAGUUGGUCGGUACGGUGUACGAUUUUGAUUCAGAUGAAGAAUCCGCGAAUGAGACCAACAUCGCGGAUUUGCGAACAAUGCGCGAGCGCAAAAAAUCCACCGACGCGAACGAAAAGAAUCGAGCAGCCGACCUGCUCGCCACGCUGCCGGUGAACGACGGUGGAAUGUCUAGAUGUCCUACUUUGCAAGUAAUGAAGAGAUUCAACGAAUUUGUCGGUGCAAAAAAAUAUACCGACGACAAGAAAAUUUCGUCGCCGCAUCACGAUCCAGAGACCGCUCUAGCCAAGUGCGAAUUGAGCGACGGCCAUCAGGCGUUUACUGAUAUGCCGGUCAUGCCGUUGUUGCCAGGACCGGUGGAUAUGCGCACAUAUAACUCAACCGUAGAUCAGCCGAGUUCAUCAGUCCAUGGUCAGUCUUACGCUAAUCAUCUGCUGGACUCGUUUGCUGCGGGCAUGUCUGCGGACCCGAAUUCGCAAGAUCUCGACAUCGAUCUGGAGAUGCCUCCGCCGCCUUGCAACAGCAUGUUUGAGAAGACCACUGAGCAUGUAUGUCCCGAGCCGGAACAGAUGACGAGCUUUUAUCGAAAACCAUGUUCGAGGUUUGGCGACAUAUCAGUAAUGGAUCCGUCGUCCGCGUCAAGCUUGGAUGCGAAUAAAGUUUCCCUGACCGAUUCGAGGAAUCAGCUAAAGGUGAAAAUCAAGGGACCGUUUCUUGACGCGAACUACGUGCCCGCAUCGUCGGUGCCACCGUUGGCGCAACAAGCGCCAGCGAUUAUUCCACCAACUGCUACAUGUGCAUCCGUCGCUUCGGGUACGUCGAAUCUACGUCGCAUGCGUAAGAAAGAAUUACUCCGCCAAUAUUGCUCACAGGACAUGAACAUGGAUGACGCUACAUGCGCUAACGUAGCAUCCACGCCCAUCGUCAUUCCACCCAUAAAUCAAAAUCGCACAGUUAUUACUAUUCCUAAGGCUGUAGCUUCGAUGACGAGUAUACCCACUCGCGAGGACUACAAGGCUGUUGUAGACGCAAACAUGGAGAAAAAACGAAGGAAAGAGCGUGGCGGAGGUGGUUUUCUCGACGUAGCGGCUGGAGAGGAAGAUAAUAGUUCCGACAGGAAACGCGGUCUUAUGGUAGGCACAAUUAGCGAUCGUCGAAGAGGUCGACAAGCUAGACCAACUGCAACUGCAGUAACGAACAGCGCCGGACCGCCGAAAUUGAAGAUCAAGAUCGGUAACAGCAGUAUAAUUGGUGGUCAGGAGAUAGGUAAUGCACAGGAUGAUCGCAGCAGGAUACGACCUCCGAAGAAACGACUUAGCAGUAUCCCAAGUACACCCAGCAUGGAAGAGCUACGUCGCGAUAGCAUGAAAUAUCGGAAGAUGAUCAUGGCGAAUUUCGAUAGCGACGAAAAGACGAAGAGCAAACGUGACAAGAAUGGCAAGCGGAAGAAACGGCAAUCUAGCAAGAAGGAGGCGCGAGUGCAAAUCUUAGAAGGUGGCACUGCCCCACCGAAACUUAUCAUUCGACUUACCAAACCGGCCGGCGCCAAUUCCUUAACAAGCGUCGCAACCGGAGACGAGAAUGACAAUCAGCAACAACAGCAAGCAUCGUCGGACGGAAAGAACAACCGGGUAGGUCCGCCGCCUCCGCCUCCACCGCCAUCAUCUGAACCCACGAAACAGGAGGCAGGGAAUUACCUGACAGGUGGCAAUGUCGACGAGAAGCAACCGACGGAUCCGAAUGCUGGCGCGAUCGCCCUCAGGAACGUUCGCUCGGCGAAAGUGACGCCAAUUCGGUUAAAACUAACGCGCUGUCAGGAAGGCUACGAACUGAAAGAUCCGGUAGUUGCGAGCAGCGUGAGUACUAUAGACGACGAUGGUAGAAGUGGUAAUGGUGGUGAUAACGGUAAUAGUGCGACGACGACAACGACGGUAACGUUGGUGAACUCGAUGGCGUCUUCGUUACCGAUCAGUGGCGUCGAGCAUGAAGCAGCAACAGCGGCGGUGGCAACGGACCGCUUGCCAGCCGCUACCGUCAUCGCCGUUGAGACCAGAUCCGAGCAAGAAGAGCAACCGCCGAGCAUAGAGAAGCAAUCUUCCAAAGAGGACGAUAUUCCAUUGCUGCCUCAGUCCACGAAUCACAGCUCGUCGGGGUGUCCGCCUGCACCACUCCCGCAAGGAUGCCAAGUUAGGUGAUAAUUAGCGAUAAUUGUAUAAUACAGUAAUUUAGUGAUAUAUCGUUCGUUUAGAAAGACAAUUUUACGCGUGAACGUGUGUGUUACGUGUAUACGUGUACGGCACCUGUCACAUUGCUUGCUACCUGUCGUCCGCAUAUAUACGUAACAAAUGUUUUCAUCCCGCGCGCGCGCGCACAUAUACACAUCUACACUCAUACACAUGUAUAUUGUUCAAUGUUGAGACAGAGAAGCGUUUAAGAGUGUAAUAUAAAUUAUUGAUUAUUGUAAAUGAUCUGAGGGUGAAGUGAAAUAUCACAAAGUGCCCAAAAUUUACAGUAAAUUACCAUAAAUAUUAUUUAAAAAAAAAAAAGAGAGAAGAACACACACACACAUUUCUUCGGAGUGUAUCAACGGCUCGCACUAAGGUGUUCUCACAUUGCGCAUCGUACAUUCCUAAAAAAUUGACAUAUAUCUCUGCAUCUUUUCUUCUUUUACAGAUCAGUUGUUAGUUCAGUCUUUGCUAAUUGAAAUAAUAAGACAACAGCAGCCAUAAAAAACAAUACACAAAACUUACAAAAUUUAUAUUUUUUCGAAGUUGUUUUGAGAGACGAGUGUAAUGAUUUCCAAAAUAGUUUGUCCACUAAAUUCGAAAUAUAUUGAUCUCAAUGUUUUACUAUCACGUCAGAAUCUAAAGAUAAUUUAAAAAUAAUAAAUAAAAAUCUUUUUUUAAAGAAAAUAAUUUUGCAAGUCUCUUUUAUCUAUUUUCUAUCAACUCUAAAACUAAAGUCGUUAUUGUCAAUUCUUUUACUCCGUCGGGGAAUAAAAAAACGAUCUUAAAAUUAUUGAUAAAAUUUUGUUUUUAGUAAAAUUAAUAUAUAAGAACUAAUUGCUUUGCACACAG